AUCUGACAGUUGUAUCAAAUCGAAUGUUUACGUCCGGCUCGCGGUGAUUUUCUUUCCCGAUAAUUUUUCCAAAAAACAAAAGCGAUUCCUUUAAAAAUCGAUACCCGUCCGCCCUUGAAAGACUGCGCCGGUGGUCGCAACCAUGGGAAGUGACGCCAAAAUAUCCAAAGCGGAGCUCUUCAUCCAGAACCUGAACGCCAGCAAUGCCAAGAAGCUGGCCCUUUUGAUGGUGCUGGGAUUCACCCUUUAUCACGGAUUUCUGCAUUUGCGAUACGGCAAUGACUCAUGCAAGUGGCUGCUCAGCGACGGAAGAUUCAAGGGAGAUAAGGAGUGGCAACCGUUCGGAUGUAUGCUGCACAAAUAUACCGAAACCGACACGCGUAAAUGCUUCCGCUAUUUGGCCUUCUGGGGCACCCAGAAUCACUUUGUCUUCAUCGGGGACGUUCGCAUCCGGAGUCUGUACCUCGAGAUGGUUAAUCACUUGAAGCCCCCGAACGAUGCGGACAACGCUUCGAUACAGUCCACGCUGGGCAAAACAGAAAACUUGCAGUUUGUGGACUUUAAGCUGCGACUCCAGAUCAACUACAUCUACGCCAGCGAGGUGUCGAAGGUCAUGAUCGAUGAGUUUAUCAAGUGGCAGCACGAGGAGGACCCGCCGAGUCUGAUCGUGGCCAGCUGCACCUACUCGAGCUUCCACAAUGGGAACGUUACCAAGGAUAUCCAGAAAGCGUUCGAGAAGAACCUGACGAGGAUGGUGAAACCGAUUGAUGCGUUGGUGGCGAAAAAAUCCAAAGUGAUUUGGAAGUUGCAGGAUCCCAUCGAUCACGAUCGGAUCAACGAUGAGUGGAAGAAUGUUCAAAACGAGGACAUCGACCGGAUCAACCAGGUGGUGUACGACAUACUGGGCUAUUCGGAUGCAAAGAUUUGGUCUUCGGGAAAGAUGAUCGCUUCGGGGCUGCGAGAUGAGUUUGUAGAUGGACACAAGCUGGGAACGCUCGCGCUGAAACACGACGUGCAGAUUCUGCUGAAUAUGUACUGCAACGAUUACAUGAACUACAACGAUGGAACCUGCUGUAGCAGCGCAGAAACGCACACGAUCAUCCAGGUCAUCACGUAUGCUCUGUUGGGCGUUUGUCUUGCCAUCGCCGGUGCCAUGAUCAUCCGUCGCUGGUUUCAGAAGCUGCGCGGUGUCAACAUGUACAUGCCGCUAAGCCAAACCGCCGGUGUCCAGCAGCAUGCAGCGACGUCUUCGCAGUCUCCGGUGAUGGCGCUCGCCUCGUUGGCCGUGAUCAUGGUGUACUUUUAUCUCUGCGAUCGUACCAACUUCUUCAUGAAGGAGAACAAGUACUAUUCUGAGUUUAGCUUCUGGAUUCCAGUGGGCUAUGUCUUUGUGCUGGGUUUAUUCUUCACGGAGGACAGCAAGUUUACCAAGGUAUUGCACCGGGAUCAAACGGACGAGCUGAAGGGCUGGAUGCAGCUCGUUAUUUUGAUUUAUUACAUGACCGGAGCUUCGCACGUGCUUCCGAUUUACAUGCAGAUCAAGGUGCUGAUCAGCGGAUAUCUAUUUCUGUCCGGGUACGGACAUUUUACCUACUGCUGGCAAACGGGCAACCUCGGACUGGAGCGAUUCCUCAGUGUCAUGUUCAAAAUCAACUUUUUCACCGUCGUUCUGUGUUUGUGCAUGAACAGACCCUAUCAAUUUUACUUUUUUGUACCACUUUUGUCCUUUUGGUUCUGCAUGAUUUAUUUCUUGCUCUCUAUUCCACCAAGAAUCACUGCCCAAAGCUCGGAGAACAAUGCCUACCAGUAUUUAUACGUUGUGCUCAAGUUUGUGUGCAUUUUGAGUGUAAUUACCAUCCUUUACAUGUCAGAAGUGUUCUUUGAGCGAAUUUUUGUCACACGACCGUGGAAAGCCCUCUUCGUGACGACGGAUGACGAUGUGACGGUGUGGUGGUACAGGUGGAAAUUGGACCGGUACACAAUCACGUUUGGCAUGAUUUUCGCCGCCAUAUUUCACAUUGCACAAAAAUAUUACAUCUUCGACGACAACAACCACGGAAAUUUAUUUUCCCGGCGCAUUUCCCUAAGCUCAACGCUGGCCGCCAUUAUUGGCAUCGGAUUCUACACGACCUGGUGUUUCUUCUGCCGAAACAAGCAGGACUGCGAGGAAAUUCACUCGUACGUGGUUUUCAUCCCGAUCGUCGGUUACAUUCUGCUGCGAAACAUUUCGGGCAUUUUGCGGACUCGCUAUUCCACCUUCUUUGCCUGGUUCGGCAGAAUCUCUCUGGAGCUGUUUAUCUGCCAGUACCACAUUUGGCUGGCAGCCGACCGGAACGGGGUGCUCGUUCUGCUGCCAGGAUUUCCAACGCUCAAUGUGCUCAUUACUUCGUUCAUUUUCGUAUGCGUAUCUCAUGAAGUGCACCGAUUGACCACCGUCCUGCUGCCGUAUGCGGUUCCAAACGACUGGAAGUUGGCGCUGCGAAAUCUGUUGAUAUUUGCCGUUGUUUUGAUCCCUAUUGGGCGCUAUGACGGCAUGUUCUAGAGAGAACACGUGAUUGUAGGAUAAGUGUAGGAAUGCAACAAUCUGUUCACGGACCAUACAUUUGCAUCUCUCUAAACGAUGAAUGUCCUCGUGAUGCUUGAACAAAGAAUAAACGUGAUUAAAAAACAUGCGAUUUGAUGCAUAGAAACUUGA